AAAAAAGUUCUCCAAGCUUAGGGUUUAUUGAAGCUAAAGCGGCAGCCAUCAAGGCACGUUAGCAGAAAAAGAAAAAAGUUCUCCAAGCCUAGGGUUUAUUGAAGCUAAAGCGGCAGCCAUCAAGAAACCAUGUCGUCGGAUGGGGAGCAUCAGUUUGAACCAAAGGCUGAUUCCGGAGCUUCGAAGACUUUCCCAAGUCAGGCCGGUUUAAUCCGCAAGGGUGGCUACAUUGUCAUCAAGAACAGGCCUUGUAAGGUCGUCGAAGUGUCAACUUCGAAAACCGGAAAGCACGGCCACGCCAAAUGUCACUUCGUCGCCAUUGAUAUCUUCAACGGGAAGAAGCUUGAGGAUAUUGUUCCUUCUUCCCACAACUGCGAUGUUCCCCAUGUCGACCGUACUGACUACCAGCUCAUUGAUAUCUCCGAGGACGGAUUUGUCAGCCUUCUCACCGACAGUGGCGACACCAAGGAUGACCUUAGGCUUCCGACGGAUGAAGUUCUUCUGAAGCAGAUCCAAGAUGGGUUUAAAGAGGGAAAAGACUUGAUUGUUUCUGUGAUGACUGCCAUGGCAGAGGAGCAAAUAUGUGGCCUCAAGGAUAUUGGUUCCAACAAGUAAUAGUUUCCCUCUAAAAUCGAUCGCCCUUGGCGGGAUUCGAUCUUUUAAGUAUUUUGUUUUUGGGGAGUGAAAGUUUUGUGAGUGGAGGAUGAUGAAACUAGAUAGAUUUAACUAGAUUAUAUGGUUUUGGGGCUAGCCAAAAACCAGUUUGCUUUGUUGUGUUUUGUUACUUCGCUUUUCUGUUACUCUCUGGGUUACAUUUGUGGGUAUACUGGCGACAAAUUGUUAAAC